AUGGGUGGCCCAAUGACACAGCCUCCCAGUGAUGAGCUCUUCGUGUCUGGUCUCCCCACCGAUGUCACCGACGAUCUGCUCAAGAAGAUCUUUAGCCAGUAUGGCAGCAUAAAGGAGGUGAAAGUUUUGCCUGUGGCCGCCGGCAAGCAAGCGGCUGCCGCUUUCGUGGACAUGAACUCCCUGGAGGAUGCCAAAUGGAUCGUGGAGAACGUCAACGGCAAUGUUCCUCAGGGAAUGGCAGGCCCAGUCACGGUGGCGUAUGCCACGCCGCGGUCGCGGCGCAAGGGCAUGAAGGGUGGCAUGAAGGGAAUGAUGGAAAUGAUGGCAGCGAUGAUGUCGAGCAUGAGUGGCCAGGGCAAAGGCGGAGGCUGGGGCGGAGGUGACAAAGGAGGCUGGGGUGGAGGCGAGAAAGGCGGAGGAGACUGGGGUGGAGGGGACAAGGGAGGGUGGGGUGGAGGCGAGAAGGGCGGAGGAGGCUGGGCCGGAGGGGAUUGGGGCGGAAGCGGUGGCAGCGGUCCCAAAGUUGUUGGACCAAGAAAAGGUGUCGGUGCUCCAGUUGUUGCCAAGGGUUGGAGCAGUGGCGGCAAGGGGUGGAGCGAUGGCGCCAAAGGCUGGGGCACGUCCGGCAAGGGCUGGGGUGACUCUGGUGGUGCCGGCAAGGGCUGGGGUGCCUCUGGCCCUGUCACCAGCAAGGGAUGGGGCGAUGCUAGCGGAGGCUGGGGCUCUGGUGGCGCCAAAGGCGUGGAUGGGCAGCCUUGGAAUGCAUUCCCACACUGUGAGGAUAAGAUCCUCGACUGGCCGGUGCGUCGUGAGAAACUGCUCGAGAUAUUGCACCGGAGCGAGGCGGACGUGAUUUGCCUGCAGGAAGUGACCCUGGAGGAGAGUGACACGGGGGCAAAGGAGGUUGAGUGGGUGCUACCCAGUUGGUUGCAGCUGGACGACUACAAAGCCGUCCCACUCGGGCUGAAG